AUGAAGGCGUCUGUGUGUUUAGUGUUUGCAGUGGUUUGUUGGAUCGCAGCGCAGGCAGAGGAGUCGCCAAAGAUCCUCACGCUCAGUAAAGUUAUGAAUGAACUCAACAAGAUCAACCACGGAAUGGGCAACAGCAAAAGUUUGAACUCACCCACCAUCAACGAUCUGAAGGAUUGCUGUGUUGCAUCUGCUCUGGAAUGUUUUCGGUCCCAAGUGCUUAACCUGUCAGUCGCUGAUGCCAAACUAAAGCGGUCACAGAGGAUCAUCUCACAUGAGCUUCGCAAAUCAGUCAUUGUGAAAAGUGUGUCCAGUUGCAAACCUGAAGAGAUACAGACAGCUCAGUGCAAGUCAUGUGACUCGUACAACAAGGUUGACAGCCGAAUGUUUGUGCAGAAUUUUCAAACUCUUCUGCAAAAGAUCUAUGCCAGUCAAGCGUAAAGAUGAAAGAGUGAAGAGACUGUGUAUAACACUACCUGACCAACC